AUUUUUGAACACAAUAUUUUAAGUAACGUUUUUAAUUAAAUAACUUUAAUUCAAAUAUGUAUUUUGAAAGAAUUCUAUAAGAUAAGUCGUAGUUUUAUAAUAUAAAUUCUAAAUAAUUUUCAUAAUGUUUGAAUCAUUGCGAAAAAUAUUGGAUCCAUCUAUAAAAAUAGAUAAAAUUUGUUUAUCAUAUGUAACUCGAAUUUUUCCACAAUUCAAAAAUACGCCGUAUGUUAUUUUAUAUAAAGAAGCUUGUAAAUCUAUUGAUAAUUGUUCAGAAUUCACCGAUGCUGAUCAAUCAAAUCAAUUUGAAAUUACUGGUUCACCUUUGAAGUAUUCAUUUGGAGAAGAUGAUUUCGAAAAUAGUACAAUUUUGAUAAAACAAAAUUGGUACAAAGAAGAAGAAAAAUACCUACCAUUAAAUAGAACAGAAGCAUGUACUGCAUUGAAUGCAUGUAUUGAAUCUAUAAAUGAUUCUUUCUUUCUAAUAUUUGCUCUUUGUGAUGGUAAGGAUAAUAAAAAAAGUAGAUUAUUAGGUACAAUGAUUGAAGAAGAAUGGUUUACUACAAUAGAAGUUUGCUCAGCUGAGAUUGAAACUUUUGAAUUUUUAAAAGAAUCUUCCUCUAAAAUUUUCCAACAACAUUUGGAAUUUUCACAUGCAUGUGAACAAGAUAUUAGUAUCUCUGCAUUUAAUACUUUUGAUUUAUUUGGAACAAAAGAAAAAAUAAUUAAUAAGGAUUAUAAUAUAAAAAGUAAUUUUGAAGGAAGCCUAAGUAUAGAAGUAGAUACUUGUAGUUUAUCAUUAUAUCCACUUACAAGAGCAUCUAAAAAUAAUUUGAUUGUGCAAGUUCUUACAAAUUCAAAUAAUAGUCCCUUAAAAGAAUUAUGGAAACAAUUAUUAUUGUUAAAUCAAUACUUGAGUAUACUAGAAGAUUAUACAAAGAACAUAAAUUCUCAUUACAAUUCAAUUCCUUUGAAAUUUCCACAGAACUUUGUAAAUCCAUAUAAUGAAGAACAUGAUGUAAUAUUAAACAAUUUAAAUCUUUUGUUAAAUGGAGAUUAUAGUUUUAGAAAUUUUGAUAAUAUUAAAACACACAAAAUUAAUUUUUUAAAUGAAGAAAAUUUAGAAAAUGAAAUAAGAAUAUAUCAAUGUGUAGAAAAUUUGCCAUUAAGACAUAAUUUAGAUUUUACAGAUUUUUUAUGGGAAUUAUUAAUAAAGAAUUCAAAUUAUUUUGAAAUCAUAAAAUGCAUUCAUACAGUACUUGAAGAAAUUAUAAUAAAUGAUUGUUUGCCACAGGUCAAUUUUACAAAUUCAACAAAAUUUUCUAAGAUAAUUAACAAUCCACAACAACAAAAAAUAAUUUCACAUUUCUUAUCUGGUAGUUUACCAUUAGAAUAUCUCAUAGAUAUGGGUUUUGAAAAAUUAUACAAAGAUUACAUAUACAUUUUAGUAAAUUCAAGAUUUGAUGAAUUGCAUGAUAUUCAACAAAAAUUAAAAAAUAUUUUAUGUGAUGAAUUUACAGUUGAUACUUAUAGGAAAAAACUACUAUAUUUAGUACAAAUUCACAUAUGCUUGGAAUUUAUGUUAUUAAUACAAGAUAAUUUAGAAUGUUCAAGUGAUGAUUUAAGAAUGUUAUUUUCUUGUGUUUAUAAACAAUAUAUUGGCGAAAAAUCACCCAUAAAAAGUUGUGAUGAUUUAAAUCAAAAUAAAAUUUAUAUUUUACAUACUCCUCUCCCUCUUUCAGCAAUUAAUAAUUUAAAUAAAAUGCCAAGUAUACGAAGGAUUUCACUUUCAUCUCAAUCUAAAUUAACAAAAUUAACAACAAUUAAAUAUUACAGUGAAUCACCGAUUUUUCCAACAAAUAUAUAUGAAUUAGAUAACUCGGAUAUGAUAGAUGAAGGAUAUUAUGUGAUAAAUGCAAUUUGUUCAUCUAAUAAAUUUAAAUAAAAAUUGAUUUUAAAGAAUUUUAAUAAAACGAAAUUCCAAAUUUAGUCAGGUAUCAAAAUAAAUCCAAUUAUAUUGCGAGGUAAUUACAUUUAAUUCAUAAUUAAUAAAAUAAAAAUUAUAAAAGCAUUUUUCAAAUACAUUAAAUGUAUUCAAUGUAUAAAUAUAACUAGAUUUACGAGUGUUU